AUGGUUAAAGAAGCUUCCUUCCCAUCCUUGGAUGAGUUGAGUUGUUCCAUGUAUUCCAAACAGCAACAAGCAGUGCAGAACUCACCAACGAGUUUCCUCUCUCUCAUCAAAGAAUACUCCUCGCCGGGUGAUGCCAUUUCACAAUUUCUUUCUCCUUUCCAAAGCACUGCUGACAAUACGACGACGAAUUCGAACAACACGACAACCCAUGAAUCCCUUGCUGCACUCUUUCCUACCUCCAUUGAAAACAUCAACUCGAUUGCCAAUUCAUGUUUCUUCAUUGUCGUGUUUUCCGUAUUGAUGGCUGUGAUUGGAGUGAUUAUUUAUAAGGGACGAUCGGCCAUGAAGAGAAAUCACAAAAUCAUGUUUUCAUUGUUGUGUGUUUUCAUUCUGGUUCAAUAUUUUGGAUUAGUGUUUCGUUUGGUGUAUAAUGGAGUCUCAUUGAAAGUCAAUUCAUUUACGGAUUUGACAUUGGUUGAAAAUUUAUAUUCCUAUCAGGUGGCUGUUUGGGUUUCAUCAACGUUGGAGAAUGUUUUGGUCGUUUCUCAAAUUUCAACCAUUAUCAUCAUUAUGGCGUUUAUGAUGACCAUCUUCAUUAAUACUGUGAAAAUUUCAGGAGCCAUGACCGCAAAGACCUAUACCAUUCUAUGGUGGUUCAUUACCAUAACUACCCUGAUCAGUUCCAUCAUUUUUGUUGGACUUGUCAUUACUCUAGGUGUAGUCAAUCUCCUUCUCAAAACCCAAACCAUUCGUGUCAAUGCCUUUCCCAUCUAUCUCGUUCUCUUUCUCAUCUAUAUUGCCAUCAUGUUAUUAGAGUCCAUAUUAUUCAUCGCAUUAGGAGUUCGUCUAUUGAUGGUUGUAAAAAAAAGAUCUCUCAAUGUCUCUCAGGUCAACACAUCGAUGAGUCGUACCUUGCAACAGCCUUACUAUAAAAUAGUAGGCUUGAUUAUUGGAAUGUUAUUGAGUGCGUUUUUGCAGAUUUUGGCCGGAGCAGUUUCCAUUGCAACCUCGCUCUAUGUCGGUUAUUUGCAUAUUAUUGAUUACUUUUUGCAGUGUUUUGGAGUGUUGGUGUUUGCUAUUUUCGUCUUGUUGCUGUAUGGACCCUUAUUGUUGGAUCAACAUCAUCAUCAUCAAGAGGCUCAUCAUCAUCAACAAGCACAAAUGAUUAUGAUGGAAAAUGAGCAGUUGCCAUCAUCAGCGAGAAGCGCUUCUUCACCCUCUCCGAGAAUGAGUUUUAGAAAAGCAAAUCAUGAACAAAUUUCAAAUCAGGAAAUUCUACAACAAGAUGCAUUCCGAGUUGAAACAGUCGUUGAUGACUUGAAGCAGAAUUCUAAUUAG